CCAAUGAUGAUGUUCCAUAACAUGAAGGAUGUGGGAUUUCUUCAGGUGAAGGUCAUCAGGGCAGAAGCAUUGAUGGCAGCUGAUGUCACAGGUAAAAGUGACCCAUUUUGUGUAGUUGAAUUGAACAAUGACAGACUGCUGACACAUACCGUCUACAAGAACCUCAAUCCAGAAUGGAACAAAAUCUUCACAUUCAAUAUUAAAGACAUCCACUCCGUGCUUGAAGUGACAGUUUAUGAUGAAGACCGUGAUCGCAGUGCUGACUUUCUAGGCAAAGUUGCUAUACCAUUGCUGUCUAUUCAAAAUGGUGAACAGAAAGCCUACGUCUUGAAAAACAAGCAGCUGACAGGGCCAACAAAGGGGGUCAUCUAUCUUGAAAUAGAUGUGAUUUUUAAUGCUGUGAAAGCCAGCAUACGAACCUUAAUGCCCAAAGAAGUGAAGUACAUUGAAGAGGAAAACAGACUGUCUAAACAGCUCCUGUUAAGAAACUUUAUCCGCAUGAAGCGUUGCGUCAUCGUGCUCAUAAAUGCCGCAUACUACAUUAGCAGUUGCUUUGACUGGGAUUCUCCCUCAAGAAGUCUCGCUGCUUUUUUGAUUUUUCUUUUUGUGGUCUGGAACUUUGAGCUGUACAUGAUACCACUGGCUUUGUUGUUGCUGCUGGCGUGGAACUACUUCUUGAUCAUAUCAGGGAAAGAUAACAGGCAACAUGAUAUGGUAGUGGAGGACAUGCUAGAGGACGAGGAAGAAGAGGAUGACAGAGAUGACAAGGACAGUGAAAAAAAAGGAUUUAUGAAUAGACUUUAUGCCAUCCAAGAGGUGUGUAUCAGUGUCCAGAAUAUCCUUGAUGAAGUGGCUUCCUUCGGAGAAAGAAUCAAGAAUACAUUCAACUGGACUGUCCCAUUCUUGAGCUGGCUGGCAAUUGUUGCCCUCUCCAUGUUCACCAUCAUCCUGUAUUUCAUUCCACUAAGAUAUAUUGUCCUCGUCUGGGGUAUCAACAAAUUUACAAAGAAACUUCGAAGUCCAUAUGCAAUUGAUAACAAUGAGCUACUUGACUUUCUAUCCAGAGUUCCUUCAGAUGUGCAAGUGGUGCAAUACCGUGAAUUGAAACAGGAUCCCAGUCACAGCCCGAGCAAGAGGAAGAAAAACAACCCUGGCUAGACAACUCAACGUGUUGAAGGGACAAGCAUCUGCUGGGGGAAGAUAAAAGAAAAAGCCUAAAGCCUAAGAAGUGUUUCCUUUCUCUCUUGAGCUUUUUAUUUAUUUUUCCUUUUUACCUAAUGGGGAGAUUUUGUAAAUAUUGUAAAAAGGCAUUUCUCAUUGAAGAUAUAUUUCACACUGUAAAGACAUUUGUCGAAAGUUUGAAGUAGGGUUUCCGCUUUUGAAAGCCUUAUUAGAUGCAGCAUAACACAUUAAAGGAAUCAGUCUAAAAUGGUAAAUAUGCACAGCUACUUAGUGGUCAAAGGUACCUGAAAUACUCAAAUCAUGCUGACUAAAUCUGCAAAAGGUGUACAUUUAAAUCUGACUCAAAAAAUUCAGUCAGAUUGUAUUUGUGAACAUUAAUAUGUUUAUCCAGUAAGCCACCAUUACAAUUUUCUAUGUUUUAUAUGUUUCAACAGAAAUACAAUGUAGUGAACCGUACUGCACUUAAGUUUUAGCAGAUUUUUUUGAACUCCAGACACUAUGUUCACUCCUGGUGCGAUGUUUUCCUGUGCAGGAGGACAGCUUAUAAGGUAAUGAGAAAUACCAAGUGCAAAUCUCUUUCUGGAGCUCCCAAAAGGAGUUCCUGAUGUUUUUAUCAUUCCAUUGUAAGAUCUAAAAAUCUCUGUCUCUCUCAAAAUACUGCCAGGUUUGUAACUGAUUGCCUAUCUGAUUUUUCUAUAUGUACCGGUAAUCUUCAUUUGUACUACAUAGUUUAGUGAAUAAAGUUCAUAAUUCUGUUGUAAUGGAAGUACUAUCAAACUAACUCCAUAUUGCUAUGGUGUCAUGCUAUGAACACCUUCUGUGCACAUAACUAUUUUAAUAUGGAAUCUUGCAGAAAAUGUUUUUGCUUUCAGAUCACAUCAAUAUGCUUUAUGAUAUAGCACAUUACCUGUUACCAAUGUGAAAUAUAGUGUAGAGGAAAAAAUGCAGUUGUGAUAAAACUGAUGUACUGGUUUUAUUUCCUUAGCUAAUAAUGUAUUCAAUUCAUCUGAUACAGUUGUGCCCUACUGCAUGGAAACUGCAUUAUUUCAUAAAUUACGUGGAACAUAGAUGGGAAAGUUUACAUUUCAAAUGUCUUAGUGGCCACUACAUAACGAGUACUUGGGGAUAUAUUCUGGUAGCUGCAUGUAGACUUCCAUGCUCAGCUCCCCGUGUAGUGAGCAGACUUCAUUCCUAAGGGACUACCUGUGCACAGCUCUUAGCCAUAGUUCCCGGUGACAUGAAAGGGGAUUUUUGCCCCCGGGAGAAUGGCAGGACUGCAUCCUCAAGGGGAUCUGUUCCUGUGGUCCUGUUUGGGUUACCUCUUGCUGGUUACAAUUGCUGAUAAAGUUAUAUUGCACUACUCUAAUACUUUUUGAAAAGACUAUUUAGAAAUACUUUGCAAGCAAAUGUGUAUAUAUUUGUGUAAAGAAUUGUAUGUUAGCUGCAUUGCCCAUGAAAGGUCAUCCUGGAUUUGUUUAUUUUACAGAUAUGAUGAUAGCUGGUUUCUGAUGUGACAGUUAUUUUGAUCCUUCUGUUUCUAUCUUUGAGAAAAUGCCAAUCAAAUAACUGUUCUGCAGAAAGUCUUGGACCUAAAUAUGCUCUUGUUGCACCAUGACUGUAAAAGAAGUGAAGCUUGUGUAACCUUCUUUUCAUUGUAUGCUGCCUGAAGAGCAGCAUACAAUUGAUAAAGUCAGAAUCACUGAUGAGCCUAUUUUGUUUUUAAAAAAGCCAGACUUUUGUCUUGACAAUGUGCAAAUGUUUGUUGCCAGUUGUCAAUUUUGCAGAGUUAUUUGAUACACUGUAAGCCUUGUACCUUCUUAAUGUUGCCCAUCGGUCUGUGUGCGAUUUCCUGUUGUGUUUCUUUUUCUGUACUCAAUUCCAAAUGUCUGCUUUGGUGGUAAAGUCUGAGUUGGUUACACACAUCUCCUGCAUUAAACACAUUUUAUGCAUCUCUCUACAA